AGCGUCUGUUGGGCUGAAGCACCGGAGCAGAUAACAGCCUGGGUUACAGAUUAACAGAACCGACCUGAAGGUCCAACAGGAAGACCUGAAAGACUCGUCCGCCGCAGACGCAGAGCUGUUGCUUUUCUACACUCCGAGAUGGGAAGUGUGUCCGAGCUGGCGUCCUGUUUGCUGCUGCUGCUGCUUGGAGCCGUGACGGCCCAGACAGGUCAGCCCCCCCACUACGAGCGGCUGCUGCCUCAGUGGCUGACCGGGAUCAUCGCCGUCUGUAGCUUCUUGAUCCUCACCUUCGUCGGAUUCCUGGUGAAGAAGGUUUGGUGUGAGAAGUCCAGCGACUCAGUCGGGAGGGAUCCCCGCAUGGAGUCAGUGAGGGAGAACCAAUACGAGGACACCAACCCCUACGACAGGACCCUGGACAACCUCAGGAGGGAUCCCCGCAUGGAGUCAGUGAGGGAGAACGAAUACGAGGAAACCAACCCCUACGACAGGACCCUGGACAACCUCAGGCCGAGGACCAGCGAAGACAACAAGUAUGAGACGAGGCUGGACAUCCUCAGGAACAGAGACGGCAGCAACAUCUACGACAACUGCAUCUUUGACAGCUCUGAGGAUAAAUCUACGGCCAUGUGACGUCCGGCGGUGAUCCUAUUGGCCCGGAGCUCCAGCCGUCUUUAAAUCUAAAGAAGACAUUGUGUAAUCUUGCUGUUGUAGCGUGUGAUCAUGUAACAUUUGUGCUCUGAUACAGAGACCUAUGACUGGCAGUGAGCUCAUUAGUCCGUCCAGAUUAAUCAGUUAUCUUUAUAACCAGCUGCUGCUGCCUCAGCUCUCAUUACUGAUCAAUGAGCUGCUGUUAAUGAUUGAACUCAGAAGGGCAGGAGCUGAGUGUAAUUUAUUAGUGACUUAACUGAUGAAAUGUUUUGGUUCUUGGUGGAACAUGAGGAACGCUGCAGAGCUUUUUAAUAAAAGGUUCUGUCCUAACUUCCUGA